AUGCAGUUACGGCUCUGCACACUCUUUGGUUUUCUCCUCCCGGUCCUCGCACAGAGCGACCAGCAAAUCGUCAUUAACCAGCCGACCACCAUGAAGCCAACUAUUGCGGACUUGCUCACCAUCGAGUCGUCUCUCAGCAUCUUCUAUGGAUACGCGCGAGAGCUCCAUUUAAGCAAUACCUUCUCCGACUCGAAUGCCCCAGAAAUAACCGUCCUCGCGCCAACCAACAAGGCGGUUAUGGCGCUCGCACGGAAGCCACACCAAGACCCAGUCCCGGCAGACGACGGCGUGAUAAUAACCGAAGAGGAAUUUGACGCCAAGUCGAAAGAGAAUGUCCAGCGGUGGAUUUCAGCCCAUAUCAUCCCACACGGCGCAAUCCAAUUCGACGACCAAACAUACGACACCUUGCUAGACGGCAAGAGUCUCACGUUUUCGUCCAAGAAGGGGAGCUCGGGACCUUUGGACUGGAGUCAUGCCUCUUUUGGAGACGACAUUCAUAUCGUUGGGAAGCGCGAGGCGGCGAACGGAAUAAUAUACCUUAUUGACGGCACUGUCCUGCUUGAUUGA